AUGGAGAAGGCCCCGAGCGAAAACUCUCAGAAAAGCUCGGGCGACUUCCUGUCAAAGCUGACCGCGUCGCAAAAGCAUGAGCUGGUGGGCCGUGCGUUGCAGCUUCAAGACGAGGAGCGAUGGCAGCAGCUUCUGGAGUCGACCACCGAGCGCCGCACAGAGCGCACCAUCUCCUUUCGAACUCUGAAUGGCGAAGGGUGCGAGCUCCAGCUCGCCCCAAUGCAAACCAUAGCGUCUGUCAAGCUGCGGGUGCUGCAGGAGUUGGAGCCGUCCCUGCCUGCCAUAGAAGCGGGCACGAGGCGUCAGGUGAAGCUGCUGCAUUCCCAUGAGGUCCUUUGUGACGACCUGAUCGUGGCGCUGGUGCCCGACGAGCUCACUGUGGUCUUCAACAUCAUUGAACUCCCCACUCCCCGAGCCACCGGCUCGAGCAGUUCCUACGAGAACCCGGUCGAGUGGGACUGGGACCACUCGGAAGACAGCGACCGCUACUCUGUGUAUGGAUCGGAUGACUCCUGA